GAUGGAUCACUACAUAUACACUGAAGAGCGAAGAGGAAGUUGAAUUAUGGAAGGGCAAGAUCUGUCGCCGCCACAAGUGGACGCAUCUCGACCGUCGUUGGGUUUCCCUUUAGGCACUGCCCUCCUUCUGAUCAUCAUAUUCACCCUCAGCGGCGUGUUCUCCUGCUGCUACCAUUGGGAUAAGUUCCGCUCCUUCCGUCAAUCUCAAUUCCCUUCCUCUCCUACCAAAUCCAACCUCAACCAGGAAUCGAAGAAGCAAAACAGGGAAGAAAGCUUGCCGGUGUUGAUGCCAGGGGACGAGCUUCCCAAGUUCAUUGCGAUGCCUUGCCCCUGCCAGCCGACGCGGCCUCACAAGGACCACGAAGACAACACCGUCAUUGUGAGGGUGGAGAAGCCACUGCAGCUGCCAGCCAUCCCUUUAUAUUUGUGAGCUAGCUAGCUAGUUAACCCACAACAACUCCAUCUCAAUACAUAUAUAUGUAUGUACAAGUAUAAGAUCGGUAGAGGCCAAGGGAUUUGUAUGUAGGAUAAUAGAAUCUGGUGACUAUUCCAUUUCAUUCAAUCAUUGUACCAUACGCCAUGUAGCUGCUAUUAUUAAUUAAGGAAUCUCCAUCUAAAUGCUUUUUUCUU